AUGAACGAUACUCCCAACGGCGGAGCUCCGGACAGAGCCGAGGCGGAACGCCUCCUCGGAGUCGCCGGGAAGCUCCUCCAGUCGCGCGAUUUCACCGGGAGCAAGGAUUUCGCCGUCCUAGCUCAGGAGACCGAUCCCCUCCUCGACGGCUCCGAUCAGAUCUUGGCCAUCGCCGACGUCCUCCUCUCUUCCGACAAGAAGAUCAGCGACGACCACCACCACGACUGGUACUCAAUUCUCCAGCUGGAUCCCGCCGCCGACUUCGACCUCAUCAAGAAGCAGUACCGCCGCCUCGCCCUCCUCCUCCACCCGGACAAGAACAAAUUCCCCUUCGCCGAUCACGCCUUCAAGCUCGUCGCCGACGCGUGGGCCGUCCUCUCCGAUUCCUCCAAGAAAUCCCCCUUCGAUCGCGACUUCUUCAGCCUGUACACCAAGGUCGAUUUGUCCAGCGCCGGCGACAAAAUGCCCGUCCGGAGGAGCCAGCGGUCGUCUAGCAAGAACAAUCAUCCAGGUGACAGUAACAAUAACAACAGCGCUCCAACUGCCGUCAAUUCCAAUAGUAAUAGUAGCUCCGGGGACAUGAAUCAUAGUAGCAGUCGGAGGUCGAGCAGAAUGGCCUCGUUUUGGACGCUUUGCCCCUACUGUUACAUAAUGUACGAGUACCCUAGGGUUUAUGAGGAUUGCUGUUUGAGAUGCCAGAAAUGCGAGAGAGCUUUCCACGCUGCUUUGAUACAUUCCUUGCCGCCUAUGGUGCCGGGCAAGGAGUCGUAUUACUGCUCGUGGGGGGUUUUCCCUCUGGGAUUUAUGCUUGGAAAUGGAGACAAAACUUCUGCUUCGGAUGCUGCUGCUGCUGCUUCUGGUUCUGCAUUUGUUAAUUGGAUGCCACCAAUGUUCGGCGGAGGAGGGCAGCAGCAGUUUAGUGAUAGAAAUGGUGCCCCUCCUCCUCCUCCUCCGCCGCCAGCUGCUGCUGCUACCACAUUUCCAGUGGUAACACCUGCUGUGCCACAGUCGACAGUGUCGCCAUCCCUGCCCGUGCAAGGGAGUUCAUCUGGAGUGGCACCAAGGAAACGAGGCAGGCCGAGAAAAAAUCCGCUGCCAGGGCAAACGUAA